CGCAACCGAAAACUUGAACUAUCGAAUGCAAUGAAAAUGGACGCGGAUAUGAGCGUGCUAGUGAACGAAUUGGGCCACGGCCAUGAGCUAGCGACGAAGCUUGAUGCCCACUUGAGCUCGGCCUCAACUGACUUGUGCAAGUCUUUGGUGCACGACAUACUCGCUUGUCUUGAGAAAACUAUGUCCAUGGCCAGAACCAGUGCUUUCAUUGACUCUCCUCAGUCAUUCACCAGCGAGGACUCGAAGCAGCUGCCAUUCAAAGUUCAGCGCAAGGAGACAUCCAAGAAGAGGAAAACGCAAUCCAAAUGGACAACUAGUCAGGUCAAAUUGGGAUCAGGGCCAGAGGCAGAAGGGCCAUUAGAGGAUGGCUAUAGCUGGAGGAAGUACGGACAGAAAGAAAUCCUGGGAGCUAAACACCCGAGAGGCUACUACAGAUGCACCCAUCGCAACACUCAAGGCUGCCUAGCAAUGAAGCAGGUGCAGAGAUCCGAAGACAAUCCGUCCAUCUUCAAUGUCACUUACCGUGGGACCCACACUUGCAGUCGGAAGUCAUCUCCGUCGACUGUCGCAACGUCCUCGUUCCCACUUCUCAAUCAACACGACGACCGACAUCUCCUUCUCAGCUUUCAGACGAACCUCAAGGUCAAAACUGAAAUCUUGGACUCCAAAGUUCAAGAGCCAGCAUGUUCAUCCUCCUUCACAUUUCACGGCUCAAAGCCUGAGAGCCAUGUAAUCUCUCCUUCAUCUACUGCGUUUUUUUCUCCGACGACUUCAGAGUCGAAUUAUUUCUCCGACUUCAAUGAGAUAGCCUCCGCAGAGACUUCGGCGACCGAUUCUCCACUGCUGGACAUGGAUUUUCUGCUGCCAUCGUCGGAGAUGAAUACAGAUUUUGAUCUGUUUGAUAUUUCCAGCUUCUUCUCAUGAGCUGAUUGAUUGCUUGGAGAGAUGAUUGUAGGUCUGCACAGUGGGAAGAGUACAGACCCUUGUUCAUGUAAAUGCAUCCUCCAGCUAUGUGAGGUUUGAGUUCAUUUUGGUCUAGGUAGCAUUAGACUUUUUUUUUUCCUUCGGAUCGAUGUUAUAAAAUUAUGCAUCCGUGACUUAAUUUA